AUGACUUUAAUACUUUUCGGACGGGUUGUUGAAGGAAUAGGUGUUGGUUGUUCUUCAUUUUCUUGUCCAAUAUAUGCUUCAGAAAUAGCUCCAACAAAGCUUCGUGGAAUGCUUUCUGGCUUUAUGCAAAUGACGGUAGUAUCUGGUUUGUUUAUUGCUAAUAUCGUAAAUCUUUUAUUAAAAAAUCAUAAAUUGGGUUGGCGAAUAUCAAAUGGACUUAUUUUAAUUGCUCCAAUUGCAAUAAUGAUUGGUAUAUUUUUCUGUCCUGAAACUCCUCGAUGGUUAUUCAAGAACAAAGGUCGAGAAUCGGCAGAAAAAAGUUUAAAACGUAUUCGUGGAACAAAAGAUGUAACUGGUGAAUUAGAUGCUAUUGCUGAUGCCAUGGAAGACGAAGGUAAUCAAGUUUCAAUCAAAGAACUUUUCACAACAAAGGUAAUGCUUAAAAGACUUGGUAUUGGUAUGGGUAUGCAUAUUUUACAACAAGCAACAGGUAUUAAUCCUAUAUUUACCUUUGGUGGUAUUAUUUACGAAAGUGUUCUUGGACAGGGCAUUGUAGCUUUAUUGGUUCUAUCUGGUGCAAACCUAUUAAGUACAAUACCAGCCUUAUUCUUAUUUGAUAGACUAGGACGUCGAAAUCUUCUUAUAUAUGGUGGCUUAGCUAUGGUAGUAGGUCAUCUUGUAGCAGCUACAGUAUUUGUUACUGGCUGCAGUCAAGUUGAUAAGAUCAUCAAUGGUACGAACGUGACUGAAGAAGUUGUAAAUUGUGAAACAAGCUCUGGAAUAUUAAUGCUUGUCUUUACAGCUAUAUUUGUAGGUUGCUUUGCAAUUUCUUGGGGACCAAUCGCUUGGAUUUAUGCAGCUGAGAUUUUUCCUCUUAACGUUAGAGCUAGUGCUGUUUCUUUAACGACAGGCAGCAAUUGGUUUAUGGUGGUCUAUGUUUAUUAG